AUGGCUGAUCACAUUCAAGAACAAAAGGCUGUCCAGGAAAGCGCACCAGCUCAGCAGCAAGCCCCUGCACAGGCGAGCGCACCAGUUCAGCGAAACGGCGUCGUCAACGACCAAGACGUCAAGUUCUGGACGGAUAGGGCCAACGACUUUCUCGCCCGUCCAUCGGAGCACAUCCACUCCAGAUCGCCAAACGGCGCUCAGUCAUGGUUUGCCGGGUUCUUUGACUGCUUUAAUCCCAUUGACACAUGCUUGAUCACCUGGUGCCUUCCGUGCGUUACCUUUGGCCAAGUCCAGCAUCGCAUCCAACGUUCGGGCGAGCUUGAAGGAUUCGAACCCCUCAACACCAGCUGCUUGCUGCUCUGUGGUGCGGCCUGCGUCGGCUGUUUUUGCGUGCCGGUCGCGAUGCAGCGGCAAAUGAUUCGCGAAAAAUACAAUUUGGAGGGAAAUUGCAUCGAGGAUAUUGCGAGGACGUUUUGCUGUGGAUGCUGCUCCAUUGUGCAGCAUGACAAGGAAGCGCAGCAUCGCGAACGGCUCUUGCGCCAGGGCAGCGUCGACGAGCAGUACAAGACGACUCCUGGCAUGAGCUAUCCUCCUCAGUAG